AUGUCCGAGACACCUAUUGUUGUGGUUACAGAUGACCAGGCUUUAGAUCUCAUUUUCUCGGUCGUGCGAUCUCGGGAUCUCCCGACAGGCCAGGGGCCCCGGGGCAUGUUUGCGCUGACUAAUCAGGAUUCGUCCGAGACUUGGGAAUCUUGGCCCUUCGGACGAUUCAGCCGAGCUAUGCGGGCAACGGCUAACUCGCAAUAG